UACUGUUGGGGGAAAAAACCAAAGCUGGGCCAAGACGGCGACCCUGGAGAAUCCAUUUGAGUCCAAACAGGCAAAUGGCACAAUUCAACCUCUCUAUCUCCCAGUCCUCUCUCGGUCUCUCCUGAAAUUCAACUCGCAGAUCUAAGUUAAAGCUGAAAACUGAAAAUGGAGAACAAGAAAUUGGACAUAUCAUCGGCAAAAGCAGUCUUAUUAGGAGCGCUAACUCCUGGUGUUAACGGUCCUACAUGGAAUACACUAAAAUCAGUGUUUCUGAUGCUGGGUGCUUGCCUUGCUGUAAUGCUUGGCUUGGCCUUCUCUUCAAGCGACUCUCCUUUGAUACUUCAUGUUGGGUUUCUUGUUCUAAUUGCUGCCGCUCUUUUCUUGCUUCUUAGCUGGUUUCUUUCUCAGAUUGGUUUGGUUUCAGUUGAACAUCAAAUGCAAGAAAUAGACUGUGUCCCAGACGAAUAUAGAAAGUAAGCAAAAGAGAAAUUCACAGCAGAGGUGAGGGCAUCAUCAAACAAAGGAAAAAGCUGUAACACUUUACUUGAUAGCCAUUAACAUGAAGAGUUAGUUACAAUAUAUGAUAGAUUCAUUCAUAAUGCAUAAAGAAAAGAAGAUUAAAAGAGCAGCAAGCAAACCGCCGUAGACCUCAAUCAUGCUUUCAGGAGGAAAUCUUGACAGGCAUAAUUGCUUCUCUUAGUCACUUUUUCCUUCCUUUUCCUUAUUUUUGUCCUUUUUGGACUUGAUGAAACAGAAACAAGAGCAGCAUGGAAGCUGUAACAAGAAUUUCAUCUUGGUCAGGGUGAUUUCAAAUGUUUGGGAAAAAGUAUGUAUAUAGAGCUCCUGCCAUUUAUUUUUUUUAAUUCAUGUAAAUCUUUGGAUGCCAUUCCUAUCUUUGCAUGUGAAAAGAUGCCUAACUUCUCCAUCUAGAAA